GACAGCUUAAGGGUGCGUUCAUAAAGGUGCGUCCACAUUGAACAAAAACCGCAAAGUAAAGAAGAAAAGGAACUGUUCCCUUGAUUGUCAGCGCCACUACCAUAUAAGUAGUUGUUUCUAGAAACACAUAUCAAUAUCUAAAAAUAUCCCAUUUCUAACAUAUGAGUUUUACAUGCUCAUCAUCAUUGUUAUUUACAUACCCAAUAUUUUGUUGACAGUUUUAAAUCGUAUUUUUUUAAAAAAACAAAAAAAAACAAUUAAAGAAAUGGAUGCUGAUCCAACUCCACAUGACUUACAAAGAAAACUCUACUUCCUAGUGGAACAACUUCAACAAAUGGCCUCAACACUGCCUCCAAAAUAUCAAAUGCGACUUCCCUAUGAAUUAUUAUCAGGACUGGCGAAUUCUCUUCUAAAUGAUACAAUUUUUGAAAUUGUCAAAGGACUCAUGGAAAUUCAACACGUUACGGAAAAACAUCUCUUUCAACAACGAUUACAAUUGUUAAAUCUUCAUAAAAUUGAAGUACAAGAAACAAUGUCUACAUUAAAUACAGAAGAAGAUCGAUUGUCAUCGAGAGACGUUCUGGAUAAAAAGCAUAGAGAAGAAUUAAAAUCAACUGACAUGGAAUUAGUUUUGCAAUUGGAUCAAAAAGUUUCUGAGCAACAGAGAAUUUUGGAAAAAGCCGGAGUACCGGGUUUUUACGUCACUGCAAAUCCAGUGGAAAUUCAGGUACAAAUGCGACUUUGUGACUUUAUUAUUCGAUUGAGCAAAAUGGAUAUUCCUAGAUAAGUAAUUUUGAAAUAUUAAUUUUUCCCAAGUGCCUAAUUUAAAUUGAAUUGAACUUUUGUACAUAAUUCCGUAUUUUUGAAAUAAAAAGGAUUUAAUUUAAAGAG